GGACGUAUAAAAUGCUUCUUUCUUCUUCAUUCUAUAAGCCCUCCCAGGCUUUUCCUCUCCCCAAACAUUCUCUCAGAAUCAGUUUGUCAAAUCUCUUCUAUGUUUAUGAAUGUUCUCUUCCUAAUUCUCUUCUACCCAUCUCUCUACAACCUUCUAUCUGAAUCUCGCUCUGCAAAACCAUAAUGAAGAUGCUACUAAGAAGCUCACCCACACCAAUUCUCAACUCAUGGCUACGUCACUGCUCCAAGCUCGACUCUUCACCAGACCCGGACCUCAAAGUUGUCCCCAGAACCAGAUCCUUCUGCUUCUCAAACUCACUUCACUCUCCCUCCGACUACCCAACCAAGAAGCUGACAAACCAGGCCUUGUCAGAACCCCAUAUCCGAAAAGAUAAACCUAAAUCCAGGAAGAAGAAGAAACCCACUGUACCACCUCCCCUGCUGAACCAACAACAGAUGGGAGAUGGUGAACCAAAACCCAGUUCAGUAUUAUCAUCUUUUUCUUCAGCUGAGAGACUGUUUCCAAGUUCUGGGUUGGGAGAAAUCGUUGUGGACGGUGAUAAUGAGGGAUCUGAUGUUCAGAGACUGUUGGUGAGUGACGGUGGGUUUGGAAAAAAUGAUGGGAGGAUUUAUGGUGGUGGAGGAGGAUCAGACGGUGGCGGUCAUUGUGCUGGUGGGUCAGGCUUUUCUGGGAGAAGUAACCAUGAGAGUGAUAGUACUGAUGCAUAUUACCAGUGCAUGAUUGAGGCAAACCCUGGCAAUGCUCUUCUGCUCGGGAACUAUGCCAACUUCUUGAAAGAGGUAAGAGGAGAUUUUGGCAAAGCAGAGGAGUACUGUGGAAGAGCAAUUUUGGCUAAUCCAAGUGAUGGGAGCGUACUGUCUGUUUUUGCUGAUCUUAUCUGGCAAAACCAGAAAGAUGCUCAAAGAGCUGAGUGUUAUUUUGAUCAAGCUGUUAAAACUGACCCAGAUGAUUGCUAUAUCCUAGCUUCAUAUGCUAAAUUUCUUUGGGAUGCUGAGGAAGAAGAGGAGGAAGAAGAGAAAGAAGUUGAUAGCAAAAGUUUAUCUACUAAUAUCUUCCAUGGAGCUCCUCACCAUCCUCCUAUACUGCAGCUUUUUAAGAGUUCUCUGGAGCUUAUAUGACGUUGACAUAGCAAAAUAACAAAGCAGCUGAGGAAUAAGUUCUUUUUCUUCUCUCCUGGGUGUAGAGGAGAUGAUUUCAUGACUCACGUGAAAGUUAUAACUGAGAAAGUUGACAUCAACCUAUACAAAUUAAUUUAAAAUAUAUAUACAACAUAUUUAAUUCGUCCUCAGAAAGAUAUGAUAGAGUAA